AUGUCCUCUGACGCCUCUGCAUUCUACCCCGAGCCCGAAGAUCCAAACAAGGCCUUUAUCGCCACCACCACUGGUACCGGCCUCAACUAUGAGCCUCCUCCCGAAUCAAAAUACGGUUAUGGCAAGUUCGGAGGAUGUAAGUCAGGAGCCACCGAUUCCCAGGCCUCAGGGGGGUUCUUCCUACUCGAGCCCCAGACUCGUAACAUUAUAACACGGCUGCACAAUGCAGACUUCGAAUACAAUAUAAACAUCCGCAAUGCAGAGGUCGCUCUCGGAGAGCAAUUGACCGAUGCUAGUCGAGCCAACAUCAACAACUGCGAAUGGAUCGAAGCGGCCUCCUGCUGCUGCUGGUAG